GAAAAAGCCCAUCAAUAUUCGAAUGUGAUAGUACACUUUAGGCAUUUAGGCCUUUGGCCCAAACUAAGUAUGUUGUCUCCUUCGCUGCCAAGGAUGAACAUUCUUGGUUUCACGGUGAACUUCUUGAUCCGAUGCAAAGUCUUACCCAGAAGAAGCAAUACGAGUUCUCUCUCCCGAAACAUCUCCGUACUCGCCAGUUAUGAUCAGGAGGAAGUAUCACCGGGACGAUAUAGCAAUGAGUUUUCGAAUCGUAACUUGGUGCACGAAAUUUUACAGCUUUGUGCUAGAAACGGAGCUGUUAUGGAAGCAAAAGCUUGCCAUGGGAAGAUUAUUCGUAUUGAUUUGGAGGGAGAUGUUACUCUGUUGAAUGUUCUUAUUAAUGCUUAUUCCAAGUGUGGUUUUGUGGAGCUUGCCCGCCAAGUGUUUGAUGGAAUGCUUGAGAGAAGCUUGGUUUCUUGGAACACCAUGAUUGGUUUGUAUACACGGAAUAGAAUGGAGUCAGAAGCAUUGGAUAUUUUCUUGGAGAUGCGAAACGAAGGGUUUAAGUUUAGUGAAUUCACUAUAUCGAGUGUUCUUUCUGCUUGUGGGGUAAAUUGUGAUGCCUUGGAAUGCAAAAAAUUGCAUUGUUUGUCAGUGAAGACAUGUAUUGACUUGAACUUGUAUGUUGGUACUGCUUUGCUUGAUCUUUACGCAAAAUGUGGGAUGAUCAAGGAUGCAGUGCAGGUUUUCGAGUCUAUGCAGGACAAGAGUUCAGUUACAUGGAGUUCUAUGGUGGCAGGUUAUGUUCAGAACAAGAAUUAUGAAGAGGCACUCCUUCUUUACCGUCGAGCUCAGAGAAUGAGUUUAGAGCAGAAUCAGUUCACAUUAUCUUCAGUAAUUUGCGCUUGUUCAAAUCUGGCAGCUUUAAUAGAAGGGAAACAGAUGCAUGCUGUUAUAUGUAAGUCCGGGUUUGGUUCUAAUGUCUUUGUGGCAUCCUCUGCAGUAGAUAUGUAUGCUAAAUGUGGAAGCUUGAGAGAGUCUUAUAUUAUUUUCUCGGAAGUGCAAGAGAAGAAUCUUGAGCUUUGGAACACGAUCAUCUCGGGGUUUGCAAAGCAUGCUCGUCCUAAGGAAGUGAUGAUCUUGUUUGAGAAAAUGCAACAAGAUGGAAUGCACCCAAAUGAGGUUACUUUUAGUUCCUUGUUAUCGGUUUGUGGUCACACGGGUUUGGUCGAGGAAGGAAGGAGAUUUUUCAAACUCAUGAGAACCACUUACGGUCUGUCGCCUAAUGUGGUUCAUUACUCAUGUAUGGUUGAUAUUCUUGGUCGUGCUGGUCUAUUGUCUGAAGCGUACGAGUUGAUAAAGUCUAUUCCUUUCGAUCCUACAGCUUCCAUUUGGGGUUCUCUUCUAGCUUCUUGUCGAGUCUACAAAAAUCUCGAGCUGGCAGAAGUUGCAGCCGAGAAACUAUUCGAAUUAGAACCAGAAAACGCCGGUAAUCACGUCUUACUAUCCAAUAUAUACGCGGCAAACAAACAGUGGGAGGAAAUCGCCAAGUCAAGGAAGCUUUUAAGGGACUGCGACGUGAAGAAAGUAAGAGGAAAAAGUUGGAUUGACAUUAAAGACAAGGUCCAUACUUUCAGUGUUGGAGAGAGCGGUCAUCCGAGAAUCCGUGAGAUCUGUUCGACGCUAGACAAUCUAGUAAUCAAAUUCAGAAAGUUUGGAUAUAAACCAAGCGUAGAACACGAGCUGCACGAUGUGGAGAUAGGAAAGAAAGAGGAGCUUUUGAUGCAGCAUAGUGAGAAGCUGGCAUUGGUUUUUGGGUUAAUGUGUUUACCAGAGAGUUCUCCAGUGAGGAUUAUGAAGAAUCUGAGGAUUUGUGUGGAUUGCCAUGAGUUCAUGAAGGCUGCAUCAAUGGCUACAAGAAGAUUUAUCAUUGUUAGAGAUGUUAAUAGGUUUCACCAUUUCAGUGAUGGUCAUUGUUCUUGUGGCGAUUUUUGGUGA